UAUCAAUAGAAGGUUUCAAAAAAAUUACAGUUCCUCUUAAACUGUAAUUUUGUACUCAAAAAGAUAACUUUUAAUUAAUGAAAAAAUAUGUGCAACUUAAAUUAAAUUUCAAUAGAAGAAAUACAACUCCCUGAAAAAUUUCGAGUUACUUUAUUCGGCUUUAAACAUAUUUUAAUAAAAGCAAGAGUCCUUAUUGAAAAAUUAUAUUAUUCUUUAAUCACAAUGAAUAAAUUUAUUGUUCUUGGAAUUAUUAUCACAACUAUAUUUGUCGUGAAAUUAGAAUCGACAAGAAUAUCUCAAAAUGAACGAAUCAAUGAACAUGAGAGAAUAAAUUUUCUAAAAUACAAAAUAAUAAUGGAAUAUUUUCAACAUUAUGAUCUAACAACAGCUUUGGAAAUUUUAAGUCAAUACAUUAUGAACGAGAGUGAAAUGUAUGAAUUUGCUGAGAAUUUUAACAAAAGUGGAAAUCCACCAGACUGGAGCAUUAACAGACAACUGAAGAAUCCAAAAUUUUAUGAAACCUUACGAUAUGAACGAAAUUUGGAAUCACUUCCAGCGGAAUACUUGGAAAUAUAUAUACAUGGCAUUAUCGUAAAAUUACAAAUUAUUUUUAAUAUACAUAAUUUUCCCAUCAAUGCACUAUUAGAGCGUUAUCUAGAAAGAAAUCUUGAGGAACUAAUAUCGUUUGAGGAUUAUUUAGCUAUUGCAAUUUUACUACAAGAUGAAUCGCAAAUUUAUUUGGAGAAUCCCGCAGCUUGGAGAAUGAGAAGAGCAUUAUAUAGUUUGGCCAUUCGACAAUACAGUUCAAAUUCUGAAUUAAAUUUUAAUUUUGAUAUAUGUUUUUCUAUGCAUGAAGCAAAAAGGAAUUUUAUUGAUGAUAUUAAGAUUGGAGAUACUUUCGAAAUGAGAUACUUCAGUAUUUGCAGCAGCAAAAAUAAAAAAUCAUUUUCAUAUUCUUCUGUAUAUAAUAAUGAUACUAUGUUUUAUACGGUAAGAUGCAAAACAAUAAUCACAGAUUUUCUCCUAAGAGUAAGUUUGGAAGACAUCGUGGAUAAUGUCGAAGGAAUAAUUUACGUAAUAUUUCCUAAAGUAGAAUUUUCUAUUAGAAGAAAUCCAUUGAUAAAAAAAACUGAAUAUGGCGACACUGUAUUUUUAAUAACAAAAACUUUUCCAUUUGAUGAAAAAUCCAAUUGGAUAACUGCAAUGGCGAAUGAAAUUGAAAACUACAAGCAAAAGGAAAUAGAAUAUUUUAAUAACCAAGAAAAUUGACUAAAAGAUUAUUUUAAGAUUUUUUUUUCAUUCUAAAUGAGAAUUUUGAAUAAUUUUAAUAAUGUAAAUUUUAAAAGUUGAACUUGAAUAAAA